GCGACUGCGACUCACUCAGCCCCAUCACAUCCACUUCUUUUCCGCGGACUCAGUCUUUUUUGCAGAGAAACUGCUCACAUAGUGUGCACAACAAUCAGCACCAGCAAUCUCUCUGGACACAUUUUUUGUUUGUUUGUGGUAGACUUCCUUCUCAUUCAAUGGCUCCCUGGAUAGUAUUACUCUGCUCUCUGUUCGGAGUUCUCCACGGCCAAGGAGGAGAGCAGACGUCAAUAGAGGAUUGCUGUAAGGAUGGUCGGAGGCGUGGCAUGGAUAAUCAAGACUGCACAGCCCUCCCACUCAUCUCAGAGUCAACCACAUGCAGGAUAGCACAGGAACAGUGCUGCGUAUCAGUGCUUGAGGAUAAUAUGUGCACUACCGGUAUGAACAUGGCCAAAGAUCAAGGAGCCUGCGAGACUCUCUUUGUUACCAACACCUGCGAGACCAAGACUACCAAGACAUGUUGUGACUGCUGCCUGCUGGGGAAGGCAGUUCAAGAGCAGGGACUACCCUGUGACUACGACCUAUCCUUGGGCCCCCAGUGUGCCCAGGUGUCCCGGGGCUGCUGCAUAGACAGCAACCCAGACAACCAGACCACUCCUACUGUGGCCUCAGAGAAAGGAGAUGGAACUAAUGAUCCUAGAGGUGAUGCAUUACAAAGCGAUCAGUGCAAAGGUAAUGGUAAUUGUGCUCAUCGGUGCACAGGCAAUGGCACCUGUACCUGCUUCAAAGGUUACAAACUCAAACCAGAUGGAAAGAACUGUGAGGAUAUCAAUGAGUGUUUGCUGGGGGCCAGUAACUGUCGGGCAGGAGAGCGGUGUAUCAAUACAGAGGGCUCAUUCCGUUGCCAGAGAGAGGUCAGCUGUGGGACUGGCUAUGAGCUCACUGACAACAACAAUUGCAAAGAUAUUGAUGAAUGUGAGACUGGUACCCAUAACUGUGUCCCUGAGUUUGAGUGCCAAAACACACAGGGGUCAUUCCGCUGUCGUCCCAAGGUGAAGUGUAGUGCCGGCUAUAUUCAGGAUGCCCUUGGCAACUGCAUUGACAUCAAUGAAUGUCUUGCCCAGACGGGGCCGUGCCACCCAGGGCAACUGUGUAUCAACACAUUGGGCUCCUACAAAUGCCAGAGGAACUCUGUCAACUGUGGCCGAGGCUAUCACCUCAACGAGGAGGGCACACGCUGCGAGGAUAUUGAUGAGUGUAAGGGUCCUGAUGCAGCCUGUUCAGGUCAUGGUUGUAUCAAUCUGGUGGGGUCCUACCGCUGUGAGUGUGCAACUGGCUACAUCUUCAACAGCAUCAGCAGGGUUUGUGAAGAUAUGAAUGAAUGCAGGCACUACCCUGGUCGCCUGUGUGCUCACAAGUGUGAAAACACCCUGGGGUCCUACAAGUGUAGCUGUACCACAGGCUUCAAGCUGGCCAAUGAUGGCAGAAACUGUGAUGAUUUGAACGAGUGUGAGAGCAACCCGUGCAGUCAAGAGUGUGCCAAUGUGUACGGCUCCUACCAGUGCUACUGUCGCCGGGGUUACCAGCUCAGUGACAAUGAUGGUGUAACUUGUGAAGACAUCGAUGAAUGUGCCCUGCCGACUGGAGGUCAUAUUUGCUCCUAUCGCUGUCACAACACCCCUGGCAGUUUCCACUGCACUUGCCCUGUCAAUGGUUACACCCUGGCAGCCAAUGGACGCAGCUGCCAGGAUGUUGAUGAAUGUGUGACGGGAACACACACGUGCACAGUGAAUCAGAGCUGCUUCAAUGUGCAGGGAGGAUUCAGAUGCCUGUCCUUCGAAUGUCCCACAAAUUAUCGGCGAGUUGGAGAGACUCGAUGUGAACGCUUGCUUUGCAAUGAGUCUAGCGAGUGCCUGGCCAUGCCCCAGAGAAUAACCUACUACCACCUUACCUUCCCCACCAACAUCCCUGUCUUCACCAACAUCUUCCGCAUGGGCCCGUCCCACACCGUGGCCGGUGAUGACAUCCAGAUUGCCAUCAUCGCCGGAAACGAGGGCGGCUUCUUCAAGACGGAAAGGGUGCCCACCGGUGGUGUGAUGUCAGUGGCACGGCUUAUCACUGAGCCGCAGGACUUUGAACUAUCACUGGAGCUGAGGCUGAGGCGCUAUGGCAUGCUCAGCACGUACCUGGCUAAAGUACUAGUGUUUGUAACCCAAGAGGAGCCCAGAGUACCUUACAAACCUCUGCUGGAGUAAACAGAAAGGAUGUGUCAUUUUCAACACAUUGCAUGUGUCUAGCAAAAAUAACACACCUAUGGUGGUAUUUACUUUCUUUUUAACCCAACAUAUGUUGUAUCAUAGUAUGGGGUGUGCUGGAAAACUUUGAACCCCAAACCCCACAACCCCACAAAAAUCAAUUAUAUUUUCAGGAAAGCAUGCUGUUUUCUUUUUCUUGAAAAACUUGAUAUAAUUAACUUAGAUACUGCAUACUAAUACACACCAUGACUUUAAGUCAUAAAAAUGUACAUGUGUUUACCCUCCACUUCAUCCCUGGUUAUGUUGUGAAGUAACCCCAUUAUGACAUUGUCCUACACUAGAUACACAGAUGUGUUGAAAGUGACACAUCCCUUUUAAAAAGUGGACAUGAGCAAUAGCAACUCAUUUAACACACAACAAUCAGAUGAAACAAGCACAUAUUUUAUUUUAUUUUAUUAUUUUUUUUCUUUUUACUACUGUAGCAUUUUUACAUAGCCACUGUUUUAAUUGUAGGAACACUGAACAUUAUUCACAAAUAUACUGUAGGUCUAACUGAAUGCAUCAUCUUUGAGGUAGGGUAUUUUGAUAGCCGCUAGGUGGCGUUCUAGGUCAGGGUAAAUCAUAAAAUGCUAGUGGCCCCAGUCUGCCUAUAAUUGACUGUAAUUUGAUGAUCAUUGCAUGAUAAAGUCUGACAUUUUGCAGUAUUUUAUGGUUUAGUUGAACAAUUUUCUAUUAAAUUUGAAAUAGAAAUAA